UGGAAAGUGUCGCAGGCUCACCAGCAGGAAGUCUGAUGAGUGUUAGUAGUGCCACCACGCCUGGAACCCCAGGUUCUGGACAUUACCGUCUAAAUAGUGUAUCUGCUUCAACCGGAUGUGAGUUUUCUUCGUCUGACUCAUUCGAUUCCGAUAUGGAGAAUAACAAUAUGUUUGGACAUCUAGCUACAUCGUUGUCAUCCAUGAUCAGUAAUGAAACCAAACGUUUCAAAUCUGAGCCAGCGGAAAUUGAAACAACUCCUAAGAAGAAACGCUACACGAAAUCUCGGGUCAGGAACCGAAGUCCAUCACUUGUGCAGAAAUUGAAGAAAACUCGAAGAAGUAAAGCAAACGACAGGGAACGUGCAAGAAUGCAUAAUCUAAAUGACGCUCUGGAGAGUCUACGAAAAAUUCUGCCAAACUCUGGAGAUGAGAACAAACUGACUAAAAUUGAGACACUUAGAUUUGCUUACAAUUACAUAUUCGCAUUGAGAGAGACAUUGAAUGUGUUGGAUCGUGGUGAAACCAUUGACGUUAACGAUACACUAUUUUCUGCACAGAUGUCUGCUGCACUAAAAAUGCCAUCUGCUUGCCAGACUCUUUCGAAUAUUCAUCAACAGCAGCAGCUCCAGAAGCAACAACUCCAGCACCACCAGCAGCCAGCUCAACUUUCUCCAGUGGACCAACACUCACAGCUAUCACCAGUUAAUCAUCAUCAACAUCAUCAUCAACAGAUGUCGCCGGUAAGCUGUCAUCAGCAGUUGUCUCCUGUUACCCGUCAUCCUCAGCAGUAUACCAAUGGAAUCGUUCUACCUCAGACUACCGUCGUAAAAAUGGAACCGGUGACGUCACAACAAUGUCGUAAUAUAUCGUCUGCUAAUGAGAACAUUUACCAGAAUCCAUGUUUUACUACAGGGACCACUACAAUGAAUCAGGUACCAGACUUUUCAGUAACUGUUGCUCAGUCUCAUAACUAUGUGUUAUCAUCUUCAGUGCCGUGCUACUCUCAGUACUCGAGCCCAGCACCUUGGGCUGGUGCACCUCGUGCAACCAACGUGUUCACAUUCGAUCACCCUCAUUCACCAGCCGGAUUUUCAGACACUUCUGAUGGAUAUACAUUUGAACUUGUGUGAUUUUCUAUACGAAUUUCCAUAUGAUCUCAGAGAAGGACAUGCCGAAUUAUAUGUGGGUAUGCAAAUAACAGUUUGUGAUAUAUUUUAAUCAUUCUUGUUCAUUAACAGACGACAUUUAUGUGCUUUUGAAUCCAAGGACUUGCGUCAUCAUUAUCCGGCUGAACAACGACAUAUCUUCCAAGCAUAGGAUGGUUAUGCAAUUUUGAUAUAUAGAUUUUUUAAUAACUUUAUUCAUAAAUAAUUUUUACUUUUCUACUUUGCUGCAUAUUUUUGUAUUGGUAUUUUUUUCAUGAAAUAACGACUUCAUUCUUGAUUAUUCUCUGCCAAGUUCCUAGAAAAUGCAUUAUUUUCGUAUUUGUUUAAGUAAUUGAUCUUUUUAUCUAAUUAUUCGAAAUUUAAUCAAAAUAACGAUUUAUUGGCAUCAAAUAACUUAUUCAUAAGAGAUUUAUGUCUUUUCGAUAUUCCAAGAACGGACCAUAAAUUGUUUUUCCUUUAAUUGAAUUAUUACAUAUAUGCCAGUAACAGAAAUAGCAUCUUUCACAAAUUUUCAUAUUUCCAGUAGCUGAAAGGUUAUUUAUUAUUUCGUAUGUACUUCAACCUUGAGUCUUCAAUGUUUUCUUUUCGAAUUAAGGAUAGGUGACCUUAAAAGUCAAAUACUUCGGU